AUGAGUGUUGAACCGAAAGGCACGCCUUAUGCCAAUGAAAAUGUCCAUCUUCUGAGUAGGAGUCGAACGGAAAGACCCGCAGUCUCCUUUGCGGAUCCACUAAGUGCUAAUGUCAAGAAAACGCCUCCUCUUUCGAUCUCUCCUCUUGGAUACACUUUGCAUCAUAUUCCUCAAUCAGCUGAUUAUCGUAAGAAGAAGAAUGAUGUGGUAUCGAUGCGAGUAUAUGUCUCCCAAUUUGUUCGUAUGGAUACACCUGAUCGUGAUGACAGCAACUAUGCCGGCAUUCAAUUCAAUAUACCUGGUGGACGAAACGCAACUGCUGAAUACAUUGUGGAACUAAUGGGAGCAGAAUAUGGCAUUGAUAGAGCAAUUGCAAGGAGGCAAGUACAGCUGAAACCCCACCACAAGCCCUAUGAAAUGCGACGUGGUUGGACGGAAGUUCUGUCUAAAUUUGCAACAUCUGAGUCGGAAGUUCGGAAGAAAGAAGACGAACCGGUGCUUUAUUUCCGAAGAAACGUUCAAUUAUCUGAGACAAGAGAACAACAAAUAGUCACGUUUUGCUCACGUGCGUUAGAAAUGUUGCUAACGGACGCUCGGUCAUCACUAUUCCUUGACCGCUGUCCAAUGCCGCCAGAGAGGGCUGCUGAACUUGCUGGACUCGGAUUUGCUAUGGAGGACGGUGCUUUCGAGCAGAAGACGCACAAUGUUGAUUGGAUCAGAAUACACAUUGAUGAUCAACUACCUGCUCGAAUGGCUGAUGCGAUUCGGGGUCCGAUAUUGCUCGGAAAAGCUCUCAGCGGGUUCAAAGCCGCAUUCUUCCGUGGAUUGAUUGAGCGACCAGGGAUCAACCCACUCAACCUCAAAAAGGUGUUCAACUUUUUGAUCAGUGGAGCUCCAGACACUGAAGUAAUUGUCGGCGUGAAUAGUGAAUUCGUAUCCAUCAUUGAUGCGAAUCGUCGUGAUUUGGUACUUGUGCAGAGAAUACGGGACUGCACGUGGAGAAAGCUUAUCUAUUCUCCGGAAGAAAUCAAGAAGGGUCAUCAACAUCUCCUGUUUCUCUCGUUUCCUGACGACGAUUACAUCAAAUCGCGUAACGAUUUUCUAGUAGGAAAAGCGGAAAAUUUGGCGACUAUGAAGAUGAACAUCCUCCAUAUUUUUUCGAGUCAGACGAUGCUACUGAAUGCCAUGCUCAACUCGAUAGUGAGUGAUCAGACGGUUGUAUCCACUGGUUAUCCGAGUCCUGGUCGAACGACUGUCGCUCGAACGCCGUCAUUGUCGAAAUCUCAUCGUAUGUGCCUGGCUAGUUUUGAAGACGGUAAAUUUGUCAAGGCGAAAGGCACCUACAAGAAGGUGGACUGGGAGAUCGUUCAGCGAGGGGUUGAAGUGGUUUUG